AUGCUCCAAGAUUGGUGGAAGAUUCCGGAAGACAAAGCUCGGAGGUUCAUGAACGGCCGUCAACUAGAGCUGAAGAACCCGCUGGUGCCGUUUGAUCUCAAGGAUUACAAUGAGGUAUAUGGUCGGGCCCAAUUGAUAGAGAGAAGUUUAAGUGAGCAAGCUGCCUUGUCUAGUUCAAGGUUCAGUUCGAACAGAGACAAGAAUCGGUUUGGGAAGAGGCCCAUGACCGAAGAAAGGUAUUAUGUCUCGCCCAAUAGGAAAGGUGGGAUAGGAGUGUCAAUAUUCUCUAAGAUCGACUUGAGGACAGGGUAUCAUCAGUUGAGGAUCAAAAAGAAGGACAUACCGAAGUCAGCAUUUCGUACUCGAUAUGGCCAUUAUGAGUUCACUGUGAUGCCAUUUGGUUUGACGAACACUCUUGCUGCUUUCAUAAAUCUGAUGUUCCGAGUGUUUAAAGAAUACUUGGAUCAGUUUGUGAUCGUGUUUAUCGAUGAUAUCCCGGUGUAUUCGAGAAGUUUAGAGGAGCACGAAAACCAAUUUGAGGAUGGUACUUCAAACCCUAAGGAAUCAUGA